ACACCACACAUGAUUAACUCUGGUUUCACAACCUCACUUUGCUCUGUGAUAGGGUUGAUGUGAAUGAGCCCUGUUUAAAAAAGGCCAACUGAGACGACGUACCAACACCAGUAAACUCUUCUGAAAAAUCUGCUGAGGAAGAUGGAUGUUCUAAUAUUCAGUUGAGGCACAGAAUGGACCCAAAUCAUCCAGUCCAGCAGGCUGAUCCAGAUGUACUGCUACAGAGAGCCAGAUUUUCUAGAAAUUGGAAUACAACGUCAAGCUCCAGAACAAUCCUGAACUUGGGGCCAGAAAUUAAGGAAAAAUGCCAAAGGGAAGCUGCCUAUCUCUUCAAGUUGGAGCAAUCCUUCAAGAAUUCACUGACUGAUCUGAAAACUCACAUUCUAAAGCCUCUUGUCAAGGCUGAAACAUCUGAUCAAAAGAACCGGCCGCAGUUGAAAGAGGCUCUCCUUGUCUUGGAGGAGAGUCUGGAGGCUCUCUACAAUGAAUCGGAAGAACACUGCUUGCAUCUCGCUGAUACUUUGGACACAUUGACCCGAAAAGAGCUCUAUUUACUCGUAAAUACACAAUGGCUCAAGGAAGUUUACAUUCGGUACUUUACAGCGUUCACGAACUAUGUUGUUCUCUGUGGCUUUGAACACAUUGCGAAACAAACAAGGUACGAGUUCAGGGGAAAACGUGAUUAUUGGAAAAAGAACAAGAAAAGUUUGAAAGGAUUUCACCUCGAUUUGUCCACAAAUGCCUCGCUGUCUGUGAGCCUUCACAGAGUCUUCCACGAGCCCAUACGUCUCCAGGUCCAGAAAUACAUCGAUGUGCUCAGGAAACUCAGCUGGGGCUUGCAAAAGAAUCCAGAGACAAAGCCCAUUACAGAUGCACUUGCAACCUUUAUAGAUCUGGACAAAUGGAUCCGUCAGUCUCUGGAUGUGGCAACUUUGACCAAAACUCUGUGGAAUUCACUUGGAAGCAAAUUAACAGAGCUUUUGUUUUUGCCAGAGCGACGUCUGAGAGAAGACACCAAAAAUAUCCCUCUGACCUGCCCAGAUGGCAGGCUUUUGCUCUUCGAUGACAGCCUUGUGGUUAUUCAGGGUUCUGAAAGUAGCAUCUACAAGCUUGACACGCUGUGGGUGGAUAACAUUAGCUCUGAAAGAAAUCAAUUGCAGAUAAUUGUUCCAGAAGAAGAAUUCAUAUUUAUCGUUCAAGAUAUCCAGGAUAAGAUGGUAUGGUUUUGGAAGCUGAACCAAGCUAUUCGGCAGCACUUAGCUGGCAAACUGGAUUUCCCAUUGUGGGGUGAAGAAGGGGCAGAGGAUUCAUACAAUGUGCCUGUUUGUCGUUUUGCUGCCUACACUUAUAACAGCAACCCUCGAUUUAAGGAUGCAAUCUAUGAAGGCAACUGGUAUAAGGGAAAGCCCCAUGGCAGUGGAAUCAUGAAAUGGCCAGAUGGACGGAAUUAUGCUGGAAAUUAUGAAGAUGGUCAGGAACAUGGUUUUGGUGUAUAUGUUGCUCCUGGAGGACCUGAGAUCUUUGAUUGUUAUAAGUGUCACUGGAAACAAGGGAAGAUGCAUGGCUAUGGCAUCUGUGAGUAUGGAAAUGGAAUGACUUACAAAGGUUAUUUUCAAGACAAUCAACGUCAUGGAUUUGGAAUUUUACACAGCUCUCGAAUGGAAAAUCUUCCCUUUAAGUAUGUGGGACAUUGGGAGAAUGAUAAGAAAAGUGGAUAUGGAGUAUUUGAUGACCUUGACAGGGGAGAGAGGUACAUUGGCACAUGGCUGGAAGAUUGCAAGCAUGGGAAUGGCAUCAUAAUUACCCAGUCCGGGCUGUGCUACGAGGGAAACUUCCAAUACAAUAAGUUAGUGGGUCCAGGAACAAUUCUGUCAGAGGAUGAUUCUGCCUAUGAAGGGGAAUUUACAGAAGAGCUGCUUCUAACUGGAAAGGGAAAGCUCACCUUUAGUAAUGGAUAUAUCAUAGAGGGACUGUUCAGCAACAAAUGGGGAAGUGGUUUGAAGGCCAAUGGAACAUUCUGCAAACCCACAGAAGAACUAAACCCUUUGGUCACCAGCAAAAUGCAAUUGGGCAGCCACAUAACCCCAGCUAAAGAUCGAUGGCAGGGAAUCUAUGACCAAUUUAGUGAUUUCCUUAGUUCUGGCUCUGAUGAAACUUCAAUGGAAUCCUUCCUUGGGUUUUAUUCAAAGAACAGAGAACGACGGAAAAAUCAGAACAGCAGAGUAGUAACUACAGAAGUGGAAAAUGCCAUGGAACAUUCCACUGAAGAUCCUCUUGAUUUUUUGUCUUGCAGUAGGUCAAAUAGUACCACCCCUGAGACUGUCCCACCAAACCAAUGUAACUUCACUGAGGGGAAACAGUUGAAGGAGUACUUGAGUGAGGCCUUUGCAUCUUCUCGUCAUCCUCUUGGAAAACUACUCCAGACGUUAAUUCUAGUAUUUCAGGAGACAUAUUCUGGAAUCUGUAUGCAUAAACGGUUACUCUCGAUGGCACAGCAGGAAGUUGUAUCACAUGCUAAGAAACUCUUUGAGCUAGCAAGCUACUUCUUGCCCAAGUCACUGGUGAAUGACCAUUCCUCUACUGAAGGUACAACCAGAGAUCAUUUAAAUGCUUACACAGUGACACUUCCCCUGAUCUUGCCACGGUUCUAUCCUGAUCUCUUCAUGCUGUAUAUGUUGUACCAUGAGACAGAAGAUUCACUGUACUGGAAGGGAAUACUGCAUCUGGAACUUCUUUCUGACACCAAGCUGCUGGAAUUCCUCGAGGUACAAAAGGACUUGUGGCCUCUUCAAGACAUCCAUCUGACAAGCAAACAGAGAAUCUCUGUUGUGAAAGACGUCUGCUUCACUUCUGCCAUCUUGUGUUUCCAAAAAAUAAGUACUACAGCAGACCCUCAGGAAAAGCUGAACACCAUCAUGAAAACGUAUUAUGAGAUAGAGGGCACAGUGACUCGAGUGCUAAACAGAAAGUACAGUCUUUCCAUGGAUGACCUGCUGCCAUUACUUGUUUACGUGGUUUCCAGGGCAAGAAUCUUGCAUUUGGGUGCAGAACUCCACUUGAUACGAGACAUGAUGGAUCCUUCCACUGAGGGUGGAAUGAAUGACUUCUUGCUUACUGCUCUUGAUUCUUGCUAUCAGCACAUUCAAAAAGAGGAAAUACGGGCCAGGAGCUUGCCAAAAUGAUGUCUAACAACACAAAAGAAAUACUUCGACCAAGGAAAGCAAGAUGAACAACACUACAGCAAUAUUAGAGUGUGAAAAUUGAAUGCUAUUGUAGGAGAGCAACUCCUUCACCACCACUUCAUAUGAAACCACAAAUUGAAUCAGGCAAAAUCUAAUCUAUUACUGGGAAGAUCCCCCAAACUUGAAGCUUAAAUUUGCUUCAAGUGAUUUCUCAUUAACUUGCAAAAUGUUUUGCACAUCUGUAAGUAGAAGGUGGGAAAAGGUUACCAAAAAAAGAGAGAGGCUAGAUGAUAGUGACAGGUAAGGCAAUUAUUAUUUGAAAAUAGUAAAAUUAAGGUUUUCCAUUAUAAUUUGUUAGGAGAUUUUUCAGCUACUAACAAUGAAUUAAAGUGUCAGUUCCAGUGCUUCCAGAGAAUGAGUAAUGCGUGACCUGACUAAUAAAUUACAUGGAUUGCCAUUUAAAAGAAAACUGUUUCACUAAUCAUAGAAAUCUAAAAAUCAUCCUUCAGAGAAGGAAACCCCUUUCCUUACUCAGGAUAUAAUUCCAGUUGCACAAAACUAAAGAAAUAUUAGUGAAGUCCAGAACAAGACCAUUCAGCCCAAAGUCUCUUAAAAUCUUAUUCAACUUUCUAGCACCUAAUCUGUAAUCUCACUGGUUACAGAACUUCCAAUGCAGAUCCAGGUAAUUUUAAAACGGGCGGCACGGUGGCACAGUGAUUAGCACUGCUGUCUCACAGCGCCUGAGACCUGGGUUCAAUUCCCGACUCAGGCGACUGACUGUGUGGAGUUUGCACGUUCUCCCCGUGUCUGCGUGGCUUUCCUCCAGGUGCUCCAGUUUCCUCCCACAGUCCAAAGAUGUGCGGGUCAGGUGAAUUGGCCAUGCUAAAUUGCCUGUAGUGUUAGGUAAGGGGUAAAUGUAGGGGUAUUGGUGGGUUGCGCGUCGGUGUGGACUUGUUGGGCCGAAGGGCCUGUUUCUACACUGUAAGUAAUCUAAUCUAAUCUAAAACAAGUUGUGUUUCUGCCUCCACCACCAAACAUAACAGCAAGUUCCAGACACCCAUCACCCUCUGAAUGGAAACAUUUUUUCUAAUGGCUCCUCUAAUCCUUCUAUCAAUUAGCUUAAAUAUGGGCACCAGAGGUCCAUCUGUAAGUGGCCCUUAAAAUGUGGCGGGUAAUAAAGGGCAGACAACUAGAGUUGGGAAUAAAUUCUAACACUACCAAGUUCCUGAGAACAAGCAAAUAAAAUAACUCAUGAGAUCAUAAGACACAGUAGCAAAAAUAGGUCAUUCAGCCCAUCAGGUCAGUGCUGCUAUUCAAUGAGAUCGUGAUAAUUCAAUGAUCAUCAAAUCAAUUUUUCUGGAUUUUCCCAUAACCUUUGAGCCACUUACUGAUUAAAAAUCUAUCUUAGCCUUGAAUACACUUAACAAUCUAGCCUCGGCAGCCCUCUACCUUAAAGAAUUCCACAGUCACUUCCCUCUGAAAGAGGGAAUCCCUCCUCUUCUCUGCCUUAAAUAGUCAACCCCUUCCUCUGAGAUUAUGCCCUCAGGUCCUAGUUUCUCCUACAAAGAGAAACAACCUUUCAGCAUUGAUCUUGUGAAGCCCACUGAUAAUCUCAUAUAUUUUAAUAAGGUUAACCCCAAUUCUUGUAAACUUCAAUGAGUACAAGCCCAACCUACUCAACCUUUCCUCAUAAAACAAUCUCUCCAUGCUCGGAUUAAUCAAGUGAACCUUCUCUGGAAUGUUUCCAAUGUAUCUUUCCUUAGACAACGGGACCAAAACUCUUCACGCUAGCGCAGGUCUGGUUUGACUAGUCUAAUACCUGUUUUCUAGCUAAAAGUGCACCUUGCAGACUGCAGAGAAAAUGGGUGCAAACAAUGUGGAAUAUUAGGCCAAUGGUGUGCAGGGACAGUAAUGUAAGGCUACAUAGCAGUGAAGAAUGCACUGAAGUUCAUUAACUAAGGAUCCAUUGAAUUCUUUGUAAAUUUUGUUUGAUUUAUGCAAUAUUGAUGAUAAUGGUUUUUAUAAUGAUGUCUGAACUCAUCAAUUGAGUAGGAAUCUUUUAUAGCAUUGGCUAAAGGGAAUUGUGUUACAGUUGCUGUUCAUUUGUCAUUUUAUUUCUGUGCUGAUUGCACAUGGUGGAAGGAAAGUGGAUACAUCAGCACAGCUAUCAAGAUUUGCAAAGAAUGAACAAAGGCAAAUUUAGGGGCGCAGGCAAAGAAAAUGCAUGACUAUAGAGACAAUACUGUUGUCUGAUCAAAUUAAAAUGGUUAGCAUUCAUCUUCUGUGAAAACAGAACUGAAGUAUAUAUUUAACUGCUAUGCCAAUUCAUUAUUCUCCAUUAUCAGUUCUCCCAUUCAGACUGUAAGCAGCCUAAAUUUGACUACACUAAUUUUUUUUGCACAUACUUGCAGAAACUCUUACAAUCUGCUUUUACGGUCUUUAAAAAUUUACUCUAAACUUAUUUUUCUCCUUUCAAUCCACUUCUAGGCCUUGCUUUGUCGAACUCCAAUUGCUUCCAGUACUUUGGCUGGCUAAUUUUUUUCCCAUCUUCAUAUGAUUCUCUUUUAGAGUCUAAUAUUACUCUUUUUUUAUUAGUCAUGGUUGGGUGACUUAAACUGUUGUAUACUAAAUCAUUGAAAUAAAUAUAAAACUUUGGGGCAUAUUCCAGGCAUUCAAGAUACUGAUGGAUCCCAAACUUGCUUAUAAAGCACUAGAGACGAGAUACUCAGAUUGUAGGUUACUGGAAUGGAUGGUCAUUCCUUUGCCUCUUCUUUUGUCUUGUGUUGGUCUUAAAUCUCUGCUUAGAUUUUAAUUAGUGCUUAUUCUUUGCAAGGCAAAAGUGAAGACUGCAGUUGCUGAAAACCAGAGUCUAGAUUAGAAUGGUGCUGGAAAAGCACAGCUGGUCAGGCAGUAUCCAAGGAGCAGGAAAAUUGACAUUUCGGGCAAAAGCCCUUCAUCAGGAAUCCUGCUCCUCGGAUGCUGCCUGACCUACUGUGCUUUUCCAGCACCACUCUAAUCUAGACUCUUAUUUUUUGCAGCUUAGAACUGAGUUUACAUUGGGCUCUUGGGGCCAGUUUUUUGGAAAACUUAAACUGUGCCCUUCUGUGACUUGCAAAAUGCAUAAGUGUGAUUUACAAGGAAUUACCACUUUUUCAGACUGGAGUCAGUCUCAGUGUCUGUUUUGCAAACCUUGAUACAGUACAUAAGUUUAGAGUCAGACCAGUUAGAAGACUCACCUUUGUGCUCCGGUCCAGUAGCCAAGCUCCCAGGAUUCUUUAAAGGUUCCUCAAUCAGAACUGUUUCCUCACCCCUCAUGUCAUCUUACACUUCCCAUGUCAAUUAUAUUCUCCCGAGUAUCCUCACCUUCCCUCAAGUAUAUCUCAUAGCCACAUGCCCAAUAUCCACCAUGUAUAAUUCUUAGGAGACAUGCAAUAACAAUGGGAAUUACCUUGAAAUAUUGUUUAGAGGUUUAAUCUAGGCAAAUAACUUUAUUCAAAUUUGCUAUCGUUGAUACUAGACCAAAAAAACGCAAGGGAAAUCAUUUAAGUGCCUAUUAGUCUUAUAUUUUUCACAAGAAACCAUUUUUAAAACAUUCUGCUUUAUAGGCUGUAAAAGUUUCAGCAGUUCUUGGAUCAAUAAGGCCAUUUGCAAUUCUGAAGCUUUUGAGACCCAGCCAAGUAUUCACAAUGGAACACUAUCUCAGCAAACAUUUCCAUUUCAAAGCUACAUACCUGUUAAUCAAUGGAGGGCAAGCAUAUACAGAUCAUUUCCUUCUACCUUCAGAAAUAGAGUUUUGAAAAUCACAGCUAGGUUUGCUAGUCCAAUUAAAUCAAGGUCCAAUACCAUGGCCAAGUCUACUUAAUUUUGCUUUAAUACCUAUGGUACGUCCUCCAGUGGAAAAGUAUGUAACACAUGUGAGCUGGUUAAUGAAAGAAUUAACUUAUCUUUGUAGCACAGAACCUCAUGAUGAAUUAAAAACACAUCUACCUUACAGUACAGCCCUAAUAGUGUCAUUUGAAGACAAGUGAAAUUUCACACAUCUUUUAUAAUGUUCUUAUCACUUCAGCAGGCUUUUCAUUUUCUUUAUAAAUUCCUAAACCUUCCAACACUCAGUACCACCAGACAAAAAUGGGAAUCUAAUUUUCAUUCUCCAUAUAAAAUGUGUAACCAGACUUCGGGUAGGAUAGUGUUUUGUAAACUAUGCAUUCCAGGUUCACUUAGAGUAAAAGAAAGCAAUGUGGGGUCUGGUAUGUGGAGGAAAAUUGAACUUUCUCCCAGAAAAAUGUGGUCAUAAUGCAUCAAAACACUUCUGCACACCAACUGGGUUGAAAGAUACGUAGCAUUCCUUCAUAUAUUUCUCCUUUACAACACUGAAGUUCUAAAUGUAUUCGUCUGAAAUGCCACACAGAAUUCUAUGCUGUCAUUCACAAUCUGCUGAGUUCCGUUAGCUUGAGUGAAACGGAAAUAUCUGUUGAUUUGUUAUCCUUACUGCAACUUUACUUCAAACUCAUUAACUGUUCACCUUACUUUGGGGUAUGUAUCUGCUACAUUUGGAACAAAGCUAAGGAAAUCGAUGAAAGAAAAUGUUUGUAUAUUAUGCUUUUGUAACCAAAUAUUUUAAUGUUUAUGGAUUUUGCAGACUAUACUACCUUGAAUAAACGUUUUGCACUUUUA